AUGCCGGAAAUGCCAACCGCAUCGCGUAAGCCUGCCGUGCCAGCUCCCACCAGGGUUAGAAAGACCAGAGCGUCUGCCACUCGCCCUGUGCGACCUUUGCCGGCGAGCGCCGACAAUACUGAAUCUAACCCCAUCCCACGCGAAGCCCAAUUCCGGCAAAGAUUGCGGGCACAUGCCUCCCGGCCAGAAGAUCAUGUUCAAUGCAUCAAGUGGCUUGAAGCAGCCGAACAGGCCCACCAGCAGAAUACCGCCCACCUGAGCGAACAUAAGGCUGCGGAGGAGGUUCGCCAGUUGAAGAGCGAGAAUGUUGCCUUGAAAGAGAGCCUGGAAGCGGCCACCUCUCAAGACCAUAUGCCACGGGAAGAAUACAAGCAGGCCUUGAGGGAACUUCAGAACACCGCUUCGUCCUUAACCGGCCAGAUCACGGACAAGAUGAAUGAAAGCGACCAGGCAUACUUUUCCACUCUCUUGCCUUCGUCUGAUGUGGCACAAGACUGGCAAGACCAAGAUGCAAGCUAUCUGCUUGAUCCCUCGAAUAUGCCGCCACAACCUCUUCCGGGCUACUCCUCGUCCAACCUGCCCACGAUUCCCCAGCUCGAUUCAUAUACGCACCUGCCAUGA